GUGAAACGUGUUUAUUUUACCUCCUCUAAACAUAAAUUAAUAGAAUACCUCAUUUACACUAAUUUUUACCUCAUCUAGUGCCUAAAACAAGAUGCCUAAAUCAAAAAGGGACAAGAAAAUCUCCUUAACAAAAACAGACAAAAAGGGCCUAGCCCUAAAGCAAAAAAUCGUCGAAGACAUCCGAAAUUGCGUCGAAAAAUACAAAAGCAUCUACGUGUUCACGUUCAACAACAUGCGAAAUGAAAAAAUGAAAGAAGUACGAGAACAAUGGAAACCGAGCAGAUUUUUCUUUGGUAAAAACAAAGUGAUCGCCAUAGGCCUGGGCAGGACUAAAGAAGAAGAAGCUGAAGAAGGCCUACACGAACUUUCUGAGUGCCUCAAAGGCCAGUGCGGCCUCCUAUUCACAGAUUGCACCAAAAAAGAAGUAGCUGAUUGGUUCCAAGAUUAUUCCGUAGAAGAGUUUGCCAGGUCAGGUUUCAAAGCCACCCAAACUGUUAUUCUAAAUGAAGGCCCUCUAAAGCAAUUCUCGCAUGCAAUAGAGCCUUAUUUGAGACAACUAGGAAUGCCUACAAAGUUAGACAGAGGAAUUGUUACUUUGAUUAAAGACUAUGAAGUGUGCAAAGAGGGUGGUGUUCUGAGUCCGGAACAGGCGAAGAUUUUAGAGCUUUUAGAGCACAAAUUGGCCACUUUCAAGUUGAUACUUAGAGCUAAAUGGACUAAAGGGGAAGGCUUCGAGAAAAUUUCCAGUGGGAAUGAUGAAGAAAUGGAUAGUGGGGAAGAGAGUUAGUUUAAGUACCUAAUUAAAUUUUUUUAAGUGU